AUGAAUAUACGCUCAGGCAGAGAUCCGGUCAGACGGAGACGGGUCCGGAAAGGGACACAUUGUUGCCGCGAGUGCCGUCGACGAAAGGUCAGAUGCACCUUUGCUGGGCCGGACGAGGAGUCGUGUAUCUCGUGCGUCCGCCGAGGCGCACCCUGUGUCAGUCAAUGGGAUUCGGACACGGCAGACUUGCUCCUGACUCCGGGCUUGACCCCGGUUUCUGAUAUUGCUGGGAGUCUGACCGAGCCAGCCGCUCAUGCGAAGAUCACACACGCCCUCCGACGGGCUUUUCCCUCCAGACAUGACAUUGAAACUCUGCGAGCAAAGAUCACUACAGUUCCCAUAUCAUGCUAUCAGUCAACGCUCAAGUCCAACAGUCCGACGUGGUCAGGAUCGGCACAAGAACAACCAGUACCAAUUCCAAACCUACUCCAUCCGGAAUCCCAUCCAGUCUUACUGGCCAAGCAAAUGUUGCUAUUUGCGACGGCAUUGCAGUAUUUCUCUCCUGCCGCGGUCAUUCCAGGUCUCCAGCAACACCAUCACACCAUCAUGGAAGGCCUCGCAGAGUCGGCCAUCACCUUGGUCACCACAAAUGACAGUCUUUUGAGCACCUUGGAAGGAUUGGAAAAUAUCAUCUUGGAGGGGGUCUACCAUGUCGAUGGCGGCAACAUUCGGCGCGCUUGGUUGGCAAUGCGUCGUGCCGUCACCGCAGCACAGAUGCUGGGAUUGCACCAACCUGACCAUCAUCGGUUCAAACAACUCGGCACCAGAACCGAUCUCGAGCCCGGGAUGAUGUGGGUUUGCAUUGUUUAUAUGGAGCGUAUGUUGUCUUUGCUCCUGGGCCUCCCUACAAGCACUGCUGGAACGAACCUCCCAGUUUCCAAGGCAGCAAGCACUUCGGCUGAGGACUGCAGCCUGUCAUUGCUGGCCACCAACCUCACAGCAAGAAUCCUGGAGCGAAACCAGAUCAGAUCCUCACAGCAGGCUCAGGAGACAACGCAAGAGAUCGAUCAGAAGUUAAUCGAAAUGAGUGAACAGUUACCUUCAACCUUCUGGCAGCCAUUAGCAUUUGCAGGAUUGAAAGUGGAUUCGUUGGAUGCAUAUCGGGAGACUCGACGAGCAUUGGAUCACAUGGCCUACUACACUCUGGUGAACCAGCUGCAUUUACCAUAUAUGUUGUGCCAAAGCCAUAGCUCGGACAUAGUGUAUUCACGGGUAGCAUGUGCAAAUGCCAGCCGGGAGAUUUUGACUCGCGAGAUCACCAUUCGUACAUUCAAUCCGAUCACCGCCUCCUGUCGAAUGGGCGACUUUAUGGCCUUGAUUGCCGGUAUGACGUUGAUGCUUGCACAUCUUGCGAGUGACGGACAACACGAGAUGGAUCGACUACUUGCACACCAGAGGCUGAGUGACCGGGCGACGGUGGAGCAAGCGCUUCAAUGCAUGAGGUCCAUGUCAGAGCUACACGCAGACGUACUUGCCGCAGAAUGUGCUGCGCUACUCAAAGAUCUCCUAAGGAUCGAAGCUCUUGCCGCACAGAAGCACAGAAGCGGUGCCCGCCGAUCGCAGGGCACCACUACACAGCAGACUGAUGACUCCAUCUCGUUGGUCGUCCAGGUGCCAUAUCUCGGGGUAAUCACCAUCGGACCGGCAGGCGUAACAUCUGUGCCGUAUGCCGAGAGAAAUCAAGCGCCCAGAUCCUAUGCAGGGGUCACCCUUGGAGGCAUUGGGUCGAUCCACCUCCGAUCUGGUGCGUCGUCCGAUCAGUCACCGGAUAAUCCCGGAGCUGAUAGUCCCCCCCGGGAGACUGCCGCACCCACUCUUCCAUUGUUGCCUCCUGCGUUUGGGCAAGGCAGUAUUAUCCCUGACGUCGCGGCCACCAUCGAUGAUUGGGUGUUCCAAGGAUUUGACACUGCGUUCUUCGAUGUAUUGAUACGCGGCGUGGGGGAAGCAGAGUGAGUGACACUUAUUGUUUGUUUGCAUAAUUUGCACGGUUUGCACAGUCUGCCUCAUUUGCAAGUUUGUCUGGGCGGCGAAUUGCCAUUCUGGCUAUUCUGCCCAGGCGGUCACCCCUGGAUUGCUUCAACCACGGCGACCACCACAUCCACAACACCACAAAGAUGGAGAGUUCCAUCACCUCUGACCUCCUUGAGCCAGAGAGGGAUUCACUUCUUCCGGCCAGUGACCCAGCUCAGCAUGCUGUUCAGAGUGUCAGGCCUCGUCGCCACUUGGGGGUCUCGUCCACCUCGUUUCUGAUGUAAGGCUACGAGGCGUUCAGGGCCCGUCAGAGCUGAUGAAUAUCGAACAGUAUCAACCGCAUGAUCGGGACAGCCAUCUUUUCCACUCCGUCUUCUAU